AUGAAGAUUAGUAUCCCAAAAGGGGACAAUUAUAUCUUAGCAGUUUCCUCUCUCCCUCAGUCUCAACGGGAAUUAAUUUUAAAGCUAAGCAGCAAUGAUUUAGUAAAUUAUGAUAGUUACUUAGAUUCGUUUCAGAGAUGGAUCUGGGAUAAAGGUGAUCUACAAUGUUGGGCUUCGGUUUUAAAUAGAUUUGAUGAUUACAUUAACUCAUAUAUAAUUGCAGAGGGCUUGGGAAACACGUUUCUGCUUCAACAUCUCACAUUAACUGAUGAAAAUACGGAGAUAAACUAUUCUGAAGAAGACACCUUAAAGCAAAUAGAUAAUUAUAUUCAUGAUGUUAGUGAGGAAAUCAUGAAGAAAAUAUUGAAAUCAACUUUUCUUAUAUUGGAGAAUUGUACUUCCAAAUCAUUAUAUGCAUCUACUAUUGGACUCAUAGCUCUUUUGGACUCAUUUAAUCCUGAUAUUGUAUGUUGGUCAUUAAGAACUUUGACAACAACGUGUUCAAAUUGGAAAAAGCCAAAAAGAUAUAUUGAUAGUGAGACUGUUUACCAUCUUCAAAUGAGACUUUCAACAUUAUGCUAUUUACCUAUACAUACUAGAAGCUAUAAUAAAACAGGGUCUGAAAUUAAGGAAAACGAAGCUUUAUCAUUUGUCUCAAAAUUUUACAAGGAAGAAGCUUGGGAGAAUCCAGAUGACGAAGAUCUUAUUGAAGUUUACAUACCACCAUUUAUAUGUAAUCACUUUAUUAAGAAAGAUUCUGAUCAUGAAGAGAAGGAAUGCAAGAUGUGCUUUGAUUAUCACAAAUCACAUGUUCUAAUGAUUCGAUUUAAGGAUCUCUUUUCAGUUAAUUCCAAACUUGAAAUUGAUGAUUUAAUGAGAAAAUAUAAGGUACCUAUAUGUUUGAAACCUAUCAUUAACCACUACGUUCGGAUCUUGAAGAGUUAUAGUGAUAAAUGGCUUCGUAGAAAAUGGGUUGAUGUUAAGUAUACUACUUUACUCAGUUUUCCAGGUUUCUCAACCAAUAACUUAGUUAAUAUUUGUCAGGUAAAUACAACUUUAAUCCCAGAUUCAAUCGAAAUCCUUGAAUUUUGUCAUUUGAGUAUCUUUGAAGGUAAUAGCAAGGUCAAGCUUACUAAUAAUAAUGAACAAUAUAGAUUUAUUACCAGUAUGAGAUCUAUUGUUGAACUUCUUACAUUGAUGUUACAAGACCGAAUCUUUCCAAAAGUAAUUGUUCAGGCAUUAAAUUUCACAAAUUCUUAUGGCCUUAUUAGUAGGAUUAUUUGGGAUGUACUUUAUUAUAUUAAUGAUCACAAGGAUAAACCUCUUCCAAAGUUUGUACGAAAACCCCCAGAAUCUCUAAAUCUGUUCAAAUAUAAUGAAAAAGAUCUUUCUAACUGUCUUUUAGAUUUUGAAGGUGAUAAUUCUCAAUUUAAUAUAUUAGAGUACAUUAAUCCCGAUAUCUUUAAUAAUGUAAAUUAUCCAUUACCAGACCAAGUUACACAACGACUCAAUGAGAUCCAAAUUAAUUAUGAGAAAAUUGAGGAAAAUAGUAUUGAAGAUGACGAUGAUGAUUACUAUAAAGGUAACAAACUUAAUAACCAGACAAGUGUAGAAUUACACAAGAAAUAUAACACCUCUCUAUCAUCUUAUAUGGAUCUAGAGGGUGCUAGGGAUGAGAUACUUUUAAUUAGUAAUUACUAUGAGAAUUUGGACUUAGAAUUCCAGAAAAAAACCAUUAAUGAUUCUUCAAAAAUCGUUCCAAACCUUAUUAUGGCUGAAUUUGAGGAGGAAAUGAUCAAUUUUGUUAUGGAACUUAUUGGUAUUUAUAUUUUGGUUAUGCAACUCUACCCACCACCUAAUUCAAUAGUAACAAACUCAUCAUCUUCUUCCACUUCUUAUAUUUAUAUUCCACAUCAUAUUACAAUACUUAUUGCAUUCAUAGAUUUCAUUUCUACUAUUCGUCAUCCAUAUUACAUUAUUUUGGUUUUGCCAAUUUGCAGAGCGUUGGAAACUUUGCUAGAGAAGAAAACUUAUCUUUCUUUUCUGCUCCAACAAAAUAAGCCAAUAUAUAAGAUUAUGCUUUCUAGACUUCAGUACGAAAUAGGACUGUUACAAUCUGAAAAGUAUUAUUUUGAUUCUCCCAAAGAGGAGUACCAUAAGAAGAUUAUAAAAGAUGAGGGUAUAAUCCUAAUAAGACAGUGGAUUAUUAAAACUUCUCUGAAAUUUAUGGAAAUUUUCAUCCAUCCAAAUAACAACAGUUUAGUUUCAAAUUCUGAUUCAAAUCCAAUAAUUUCUCAGUCUAAAAUACAAUAUGAGCUUUUAAUGUCUGAAGAUUCUAUAUAUAGAAGUUGCCUAAUGCUUAUAUUAAUGUAUCCAGAAACAUACUCCCUUUUAAAUUAUUCUUUGGUAAUCCAAUUACUAAUCCCUUUGGUUUCGAAUGACCCAACAAUUGUUCCAGAUCUAAUUAACAACCAUCUUAUUCCAUUUAUUCUGUACUCUAUAAACUUUGGAAUUCUUCAGAAUGAUGAUAUAUUGAAUAUAUUAGCAGUAAAUCUUCCAAUAUUCUUUCUACAUAAUGAUGGUAUUAAGCUCAUGAAGAGUAUCAACUUUAAACCUUUAAUUUUGCUUUCUCAGUUUUUGACAUCUAGCCAUGCAAUUCACAUUGAUAGAAUGGGAGAGAUUGCAACUCUUGUCGGGAAUGCAUUUGAAGAGAUUGUUAGGUACCAUUCUCAGCUAGCAAAGACAAUUUCCCUUAUUUCUGUCUCAACAAUUCUCCAAAUAAGGUUUAUACAAAAAGACGUUCCGAAUUGGGAGCCAAUUUCAGAAAUAAAUAAGGAAUCUCUUGAAUCUCCUGAAGAAUACUAUACACCAAUUAAGGUUCCCAGAAAAUCCAAAGAUCUCUUAAUUUCAGAUAGAAUGGCUAUAGUUGGGCGUUUUUUAUGUGGUUACCUAUCGAAUCAUGAUACAAUUAACCAGUUUAUCCUCCAGGGUGGUCCCUAUCACGUCUUAAAGUCCAUUGUUGAUGAUUCUCUUCCACCUGCUUUCGCAGCAAUUCUCACAAAUCAUCCCCUAAUUUCUCUGUUCACGUUCCUUGGAACGAGUAGAAACAUCUCGAUCGCAGAUUUACAAUAUCAAGUGUUACCUACUCUCCAAGAAGCCUGCAUAGAUUUUAACAAUAUAGAAAUAAACAAGAAUACCAUUUCGAGACUAUCAAGAGUGGUAACAUGCAUUUUUGCUAUAAACUGUAUGUUCAGGAAUGCUGCCAAUUAUAACUAUUCGAGAAUAGUCCAAUCCUAUCUGAUUUCAAAGGAUAUUGUAAAACUUCAAGACUCAGCUUCUCCUUGCGACUACUGUCCUUAUGGAGCAUCUAUAAUGAGCCUAUAUAAUCAGACUGUGAAUAUGAUUGCUCCAAUUUUUCCAAAAUUAUUGGAGUUCCUUUACUUUAACUCAUCUGAAAAGUACCUCCAAGACUCACUUCUUAAUGAUAAUAAUAUGUCUGCUUCACUUCUUAAUCCUUCUUUCCAGUCCCACACCCAUCCACUACUUAUUAAAAAAAGUAACUCAUCAAAUAAUCAGAUAAAUAAUAUCCAAAGCAAUUCUUCUGCUAACAACACACAGGAUUUAUCCUCAAACAGUAAUUCAUACCCAGUACUUUCAGUAUGGCCUCAACUUUCAGUUAACGAUUUUUUGUGGUCAACACAAAUAAAAUAUGCUUACUCUAAUGUUGUUUACUAUGACAAAAACUCUGAAAGUCAGUUCAAAAGUUCUGAAAAUUUGGAUCUAAUGCCAUUUAUUAUGGAGCUUUGCCGAAUUUCUUGUUGUAAUAUCAGAAGCUGCUUAAUAAUCACCUCGAGGCUUACAAAUACAUUUAAAAAGAAAAACAAUGCUAGUUUACUCUUCAGAACUGAUAAUGGAAACUCUAAUAAUUUUUCCGAACUUUCUCCUCUUCAAUAUUUCACUGCUUUCCAAAUUGUGGCCAUUUUUAAUAAACUUUUUCAAUCAAUUCCUAAACUAUCUACACCAUUUGAAAAUAUUGACAAUGCCGGUAUUGUACAUGCUGACCACAUUAUGCAUGAAUCUCCCGCCUAUGCAUGUAAUGAAUACAAAAAACAUGAGAUGGAUGACAAACAAAACAACACUUUUUAUAUUUUGCUGAUAGAUUUAUCAUAUAAAACUGGGAUUUUUGAAAAGAUAAUGAGUCUUUUCCAUUUCUCCAUGUCAACAUAUUGGAUGGUUUUGGGUAAGAUGAUUGGUAAAUAUAGUUCAGAAAACGUUAACAAGAUGUUACCUCCUUUGAAUCCAAGUUCAAAGUUGAAGUAUAGCUCUGAAUUUUUAAGUCAACUGGGUGAGUAUAUUCUUCCAAAGCUUUCUUCUGUCCAUAAUCUGAAUGGACUUCUAUACUUAGCUACAAAGAGCAUGCAUAACAACAUCCUCUUAUUGGAGCAUUUCUCUUCUUGGAAGAGGUAUUUGAAUUCGACGUUAACUACUCAUCUUCACAAGUCAAAAUUCCACUUGAAUGAUUGUAAACCCAUAAUUAUAAGUAAUUCAUCCACUGAAAUUAAUGUUUCUGAUUCAGUUUUGAAUUCUUUCUUUAGAAUGGGAUUCAACUCUGUGGAAUUGACGGAGUCUAUCCUAUAUAUGAUUAUCACAAAUGUCCAAUUAUGGUGGAAGGAAGUACUAACUAAUUAUUAUCUGGAUAUGGCACACAAUAAUUGGCUUAUAUUCUACCCAAUAAAGUGUUUGUCAUCCACCUUCAAAAUUAUGUUACACAUUUUUGAUAUUCAAUCUGAUUCAUUUAAUAGCUAUAUUACAAAGAACUUUGAAUUAUCUACAGAAAAGACAACCAAGUCUAGUAUUCAUACAAAUGCAGAUGCUCGUAUAUCAAGUUCAACAGGUAAUGAUAAUUUGCAGUCAUCUUCCAAUCAAAAUAUGGACAAUUCUGAGCAGAACAUGGAUGGAUCUUCAACUAUUCAGGCUGAGAAUACUGUUAAUUCAAUAUUGGAAAGGUUAAGUAUGAUGGGCUUUGAUUCUAGAGUAUCUGAACAUGCAGUAUUCUGUUUUGGCAAUAAUAUUGAAGUGAUAGUUGAGUAUUUGACAGGAGUUACAGAAAGGAACGAAAAUAAAACAAUGAUUUUGGAAGAAGCUGGAAAUUACACAUACACAUUCAAAAGGAUAAGCAAAGUUCUUUCUGAAGAAUUCGAUCUGGAUAGCCUUGUAACUUACAAGACUUUGUCUAGAGAAGAUAAAAAGAGCGAGAUUUUGAGGAUUUACUCGACUUUACCUUCGGAAUUAUAUUAUUUAAGCAAAAACGUUUACUAUUCUUCUCCUAUAGUUUGUGACAUAAUGUUAAAGUUUUCCCCUUUACUAAAGAAAAUCAACAUGUUAGAGAAGGUUCUGUUUCAUAUUUAUACAUCUAUGAAGAUGCUUUUAGAGAGAAAUCAGGCAAUUUUUUCUACAGAGUCUUCUAACCAACGCUAUCAGUUUAUUAAAGAAGAGUUGGCUUUCUUGCAAGAUGAUAAACUUAAUAAUGACAGGUUUCCAAUUAUAUUUAGCUCAUUUUAUACAUCAUUAAAUAAUUCAACACCUCUUAUUGACAGCAAUUCUAACUUUAACAAAUUGAAUUACCAAGAGAUAUAUUCAAACCUGGACACAUACUCGAAGAAGUGUGCUCCAACUAAGAAGAUCCACCUAAGCUUAAUUCCAGACUUAUCUUUACUAUCUAUUCUCCUUUACAAGAAGUCAGAUCUAAAAUCAUUCUGGAUAUCCAUAGAUUCCAAUUACAUUAAGUUAACAUCUGCUCAAAACAAAAAUUCAAGUAAAUCUAAAAACAAAAAUGAUUCAGCCGCUAAUUCAAAUGCUGACCAGUCACCUGAACCAUCUUUCCAUCCACUUAAUUCAUUGUUAAGUUUUGUUAACAUAUUUACUCAGGGCCAUUAUAUCUUUGAUUCUAGGCAUGAAGGAUUUACAUUCAAGAAUAUGGAGAAGUAUAUACGUGAGAAUUCUGGAGAAAGUAACGUACAGACAAAUGGGCAAGGCAGUCUAAACAAUAAUAAUGCCAGCACCAAUAAUGCUUGUGGUAGUUCAAAGAAUAACUCAAAAUCUUCAAACUUGGUUUGGAUUCCUAUUAAUAAAGAAAUUGAGUCCAAGGAAAACAGCGAUGGAGGAAUUAAGCUAAUAAGUAGGUGCCCUAUUUGGUUUGAAUACUUUUGUUUGAUAUUAUGGAGACUACUUCCUUUAUUUGAACAGUCACUACCAGUCUCAGAAAGUAGCAAUACUCCGUUUUUGGUAUCACAAAAAAAUCAAAAAGAUAUUAUAUUUACUAUGUUGGAUGUAUUAACUCAUUUUCCAGGAAUCAAUGGAAGUACAAGUAUGGCAAUUUUAGGAGUUGUAACAAUACUAACUCGAAAAUUCAAUAAUUCUCUUUUGCUACUUAGCUAUACUCCAUUUUACAUGAUGGACGCGUUCAAGAACAAGGAUAAAGCUCAAAAUAUUGCUUGUAUGUGCAUGGGAAACACACUUGGUGGAGGAUUAGGAGUUUUAUACAGACUUCCAAAGACUGCAUAUUUUGACGGAAUUCUUCAGGUUCUUUCUUUAAUCACUAUACAAGUAUUAGAGGACUAUACUAUAUUGACUCAACUUAUAGAGAACAAGCUGGAUGAAUUGUUUUCAAAACAGUUGGCUACUCAGAUACAAUCAGGAGAGAUUUAUGGAGAAAAGCUAAACUUGUUAAAAAACACAGAGAACAAUCAAGAAAACCAAAAUAGUGAUAAUUUGAAUAAUUCUAAAUACUUUUCAUUUUACCCAAGAAACUUUGUUUUGAAUAAUAAGAAGGAUUUGGAAAUUCUUGAAAAAAAAGAAAUUGAGUAUCCAUUUAUAGUAUUGAGCUUGAAUAGUGUAAUAGGAGAACUUUUUUCCUAUAUUCAAAGAUGUCCAGACAUAUUUUAUCAAGUUUUGAAUUAUUUCUGUGUUCUUCAUUCCAUUCAGAGCGGAAGCGAGUUAGAAUCAAAUAAAAAACACAAUUCAAAAGAACAGGAAGUAGAUUCAAAUUCUAAGGCUAUAUCCGAGUCUUGCAAUAGUGAGGAAAUCUCCAUGAAGGAUGAGAAUGCAAAAAAAGACGAUAAAACUCACAUAACAACCAAAUUCACGACUUUCAAUGACAUAAUGAAGAGCCAGGAAAUCUAUUCUAAAUAUAACAUACCAUUGAAUGAGAAUUUACUACUUCAGUGGAAGCCUUUAAAAUAUAGAAAAUCUGAGGAUUCAGAAGAAGCUGGCAAAGAUGAAUAUUCAGAGCUUAAAGAUAAGCUCAAAUUUGUCCAAGGUGAUGCCGCUUUGAGACCAAGUUCUACAUGUAUAUUUAUUUUAAUGAGCAUUUUUGACCAUAUGGUAUUAUUUGGGGAGAUCUCGAGCAGAAGCAAGUAUGUGAAAAAGCGUGGAAUUAACACUUUUUUACGACCAAGAAAAGAAGACGGACUUUUCAGCCUGAAUUUGGAUUCACUUACAUAUAUAAUGAUCAGAAUUGCUCUAACAUAUCCUGUAAACAUUAAUAGAAUAUCAAAAAUUCCAGUAUUAUCUAUUUGUAAUGAACAAAAUUUAAGUUUAUGGCAGGAAAAAAAACAAGAAUUUUAUGCUUAUAGAUUCAAGAAUAGUUCUAAUUUGAAAUUGGUAGUUUCCUGUUUUUGCUUGAAUUUGCAAAAAUCUUUGUCAGGUAUUGAUGUGGAAAAUAAAAAGGAACUUAAGUCAGCAUUUGAACAAGUUUUUAGUGGGAUUUCAAAUAUCAUUCCAAAUAUUAAUAACUUAACAAAUAAUAUCAUUAAAUUUAAGCCUUACUCUUUUGAAUUUCUACUUAAUCAACUUUAUACAACACAAACUCUCAAAAUCAAUUUUCUUCCAUUUAUUUUCAGAAAUAUUGCAUCAUAUAUUGUAAUGAACUCUAUUAAUUGCAUGACUUCUGUGCCCACAUGUACAUGCAAGAAAUGCAAACAUGCGGGUAAUACAAACUCCGGUAUUGAGGACUUUAACCAUUCAUUGAAGUUAGCGGGCUGGCAGUUAAAUAUUGAUUGGCAAACAUAUAAUUUAAAGUGCAUGCCAAAUUUAUCAACUAUAAGGAAGUCUAACAUAAAGGAUGUACAUUUCAUGGAAAUGGAUCACUUUAUUUACUUUUUGCAUAUUUUGAUUGGUUGGAAUAAGUUUGUAUUAAGGAAGUUUACGGUUUAUACUGUAAAUUCUUUGAAGAAUUUACUGGCAAAUUUGGAUAAAUUCAAAGGCAAUUCGAGCAGACAUAAUUGGAGAAGUGAAUACGUGAAUUCUUACUUUUUGUUGAACAUUUUACAGUAUUUGAUAGUUCUUUUCCAGGUUUACCCAAGUAUUUCAGAUCCUGGACUUUUAAGGAAGACAAACAUUUAUAAUAUUCUAAGCAAACUCUACAUAAAGUUACCAUAUUCAGACUUGUCAAACAUAAUAUUAUUUUGUAUGAAGAAUCUUAUUUAUUCUAGAUCUGUGAUGAUCCCAAAUAGUGAGGGUUUGGCUGCAAUUAAAGAAGGAAGCUUGGAUAGUAAGGCUAAGAAGGGUAGAGCCUCUAUUGGAAUUAGUAAUGGAAAUGAUCAAUUUGGAGAAGAUCAACUGGAUGUUGAUUUGGAUCAGUUCGGUUUCCAGUUCCAUUCAUCUGAUGAGGAUUUCGAAGGUGAUAGUUUUGAGGACAACUUCAGUGAAGAGUUUGACUUAACGAGCUUAGAUGGCUUAGAUGACGAUGAGGUUGAUGAUGAUGAGGACAAUGAUGAAGAUAGUGAUGAUAACGAAAUGGAUGAUGACGGAGAGGUAGAUGAGGAUGAUGAUGAUGAGGAUGAUGAUGAGAAUGAUGGCUUAUUCUUGGAUGAAACUAUGAUAAAUGAUGGGGUAAUCGAUAUUGAAGGAGAAGAAGACGACUUGAGCAAUGAUGACAUUGUGGGAGACGAUGACUUAACCAGUGAUGUAGAUGAUGUAGAUGAUGACGAUGAUGAAGAUGAUGAUGAUGAUGAUGAUGAUGACGAUGAUGAUGAUGAUGAGGGGGACGAUGAAGAGGAUGGGAUGAAUUAUGAUGAAUCGGAUAUGGGUUCAGGUUUAUCAUCAGAAGACUCUGAUGUGGAUGAGCUUAGGAGAACACCCAGGAUAAGAGACGAAUACGAGUUUAACUAUAUUUACCAGAUGAAUAACCAAACAAAUAUUAAUGGAUUAGAAGAUGUUCCAAUGAAUACAAGUAGUGAAGAAGUGGAGGAGGAUGGUGGAGAAAACAUCAAUGAGAUUUUAAUGAGGGAUGCUGAGCGUAAUGGCCAAAAUAGAAUCAUCUUAAACAAUUUAAGAAAUUCAGCUUUUAGGAGGAAUACAAAUAGUGGUGGAGGAAGUAGUGGUAGUAGAAGAAGAAGUGGGAGAGGAUAUAAUAGAUCAAUCAGGGACGAUUUGGAUAAUGAAUUAAAUUUGGAUGAUGAUGAAGAGAAUGAUCUAGAUAUUGACGAUUUGGACGAUGAUAUUUUUGUUGACGAAUACAAUAGUGAGGAUGAAAACGAGGAUAUAAAUAUUCUCCAGGGAAUCAAUAAUAUUGUAACAAAUACUAGUAUUACCCCGACCCUCCUAAUCUCAGAUGGUGUGAACAAUACAAUAGUUCAGAGUACUGAAAAUAAUAUUACUGGUAAUACCAAUGAUAAUGGUAAUAAUAAUGAUAAUAAUAGUAAUAAUAAUAAUAAUAAUAAUAAUAAUGACAACGAUAGCAGUAGUAACAUAAUUAAUACUUCUUCAUUAGGACAAAAUAAUGAAUUGGAACAGGCAUUAUCAGAGUCUAGAAGUGAAAGAGAGAUUACAGGUGAGAACGAGGCUGGAGUAGAUAACUCCAACAAUAGGUCCAUCUAUUUAAAUAUGAGAACACCUCCUCAUCCUUUGAGAAGAGCGGAACUAACAUUGAAUACAACAAUGCGAAACUCAUCUCAAGUAAAUGAAGUGACUGAUGAUAUUUUAGGGAAUGAAAUGAGUCCUGCGCCUUUAAGAAGAAGAAUUGUCUCUCAAGGGAACAGUUAUCUAGAUGAUAUGAUGAUGGUACUAUUAAGAGAAGAUGAUGACUUUGAAAUUGAUAAUUUACAGUUUUUGGAAGAUUUGAGUUCUUUAGGCGGAGUAACAGGAUCUGCAGGUCUCUCUUUAGGUGGUAGUGGACGGGAUGAUUUACAAGUUCAGUUUAUUGGUUCUCAGGGAGUAGGUACUAAUUUAUUGAAUAACUUUAUCUCAAGUUCAAACAAUACAGUUUACAAUAAUGAUUAUUUGAAUUCAAACUUUUAUUUGGAUUCAACUGAAGCUCAUUGGCCACCAAUACCUUUAAAUCAAAGAAACAUUUUUAUUAAUUCAAGAAAUAUUCCUCUUCCAUUCUUGAUUCUUAACUCUCUAACUUUUGUUCCAAAUACUUCCAAUUUGAAUCCUCCGUCUAAUAAUGAUUUAAUUUUGCAAUGGAUGAGUUAUGGUGGCUAUUUAACAAAUCCUAUUUUGUCACACUACAAUAUUGGGAACAUUAGUAACCUAAAUACAUCAGGAAACUCUUCUGGGGAUGUUUAUAACUUGAAUUCUUUCUCUAUUAAUAAUACUAGCAACAGCAACUCCCAACCAGCCUUUGGAUGGCACUUUCAUAAUGAUAUUUCCCUUCCAACUGAGCAUCCAUUCUUGACAAGAAACAUCAUUAUUGACAACAACUUGGGAAUAAAUAGCCAUGUAAAUUCUAAUAGCCAUGGGAGUGGCGGCAAUAAUAACAACAAUAGUAAUAACCUUUCUUGGUACAGUAAUGGACCAUUAUAUGAGUCUCAGAGAUCUCUUAUUGGCGAAAUCCAUUCCAGUUCUUUAAGAAAUAAUUCUGAACUUUCUAUUUUAUUAGAUGCAAUUAGAAAUGCUGAAAACUUUACAAGUAAUGAUGAAGUCAUAUCAUGUAUGCAAAAUAAUACAAGUAAUGAUAGUAGCGUGGCAAAUGCAUGCACAGAAAAUGGCGCCAAUAAUCCAAAUACAAAUUUGGGUGGUGGUUCGUCUUUAACCUCAUCAUCUUUAAGAGGAAACAACUUGAAUGUAUCUACAUUAAUAAGAAACAUUGGUGAUAUAAACAGAAACAACAAUUUGGAUAGGCUUUUAACUGAUGAGAAUAAUAGUACAGUUAGUUUGACUCCAUUUGUACUUGUUUCUCAAGCCACAAGCUUCCUUAGAGAUGCGGUAUCGAACAAAAUACCCAUUGAAACUAAUAACGUUGACUUAUUUACAACGAUUAUUGAGGAAGAGAAUGAAAAACAAGUGUUUGAUCUCGAAGAAAGGGGCGAUAUUGUUGACGAAACUCAGCUACGUAAUGGUCUUGAGAACCUGGAUUUGGUGCAAGACGGUGAGGAACAUGAACAACAGGAUCAGGAGCAGGAUGAUGAUGGCGAAGAUGACGAUGAAGAUGACGAUGACGAUGAUGAUGAGGAAGAAGAUGGUGAUGACGAAGAAAGUGAAGACAGCGAAGAAAACGAUGAAAAUAUGGAAGAUGAGAGAUUAAUUGAUGAAGGAGCAAAUUCUAGUAGCCUGGAACAGAACAGUCAGACCGGAAACAGAGAAGCACAAGUCUCUCAAGUUUCUUUAAGCCAAUCAAUUCAGCAGGAUCAACCUGAAGGUACAAACAAUAUUGGCCUUGAAGUGGAUGAUCAUCAGGGGACAGCUCAGGGUAAUUUGGAUAAUACAAUAACGGAUGCAAGUGACACAAAUCACCAGAAUGUCGAAGGAUCUGAGAGCUUUAACCAUGAAGAUGUCCCAAUUUGUGUGUUAUUACGUGUAUUAGAAGAGAGGAUUGGAUUAAGUAGAAAUAGGAUUUUGGAAAUUGUGGGAGUUGACACUGGAGUCUUUUAUGAACUACCUGAGGAUAUACAAACAGAUGUUCUUGUACUACAGCUAACUGAUGGUGAAACCACGAGAAGACUUUUGGAUAACAUGACUCUCUCAGAUUCUGGAUCAAGAGCAAGAGAUGGAGAUUCUUCCAGUUUAUUGAAUAUUCCUUCUUCAAUAAUGGAUAUGCUCCCUUCAUCAUUAAGAGAUGUAAUCAGAUUGAGAAGCUCAGCAAAUGGAACUUCAGUUGAAAAUUCUGGAGAAGAUGCAAAUGAAAGUGCUGCCGAAGGAGGUGAUAGAUCCAACAAUAAUAGUAGUCUUUCAACGAGUAAUGUAAAUGAAAAUAACCAAGGAGAAGAUUUAGAGAAUAUUCAGUUUAUUACUUCAUUAGACCCUGUAUUGCGACAAGAAGUGCUUUUGAGUGCUACUGAAGAAUUUUUAAGAACUCUUCCAACUGAAAUAGCAGAGGAGGCUAGAGCUUUGCAACAAAGAGCAUUCCCUUCAUAUAGUAGUGGUACUACUAGAGAAAGAGGAUACCAAUCAAAUGCUGGUAAUUCAUCUCAUUCGGGAGGUACAACUAAUACAAAUGGAUCCAGUGGGGGAAAUAACUCUAGAAGAAGUAAUAGAAUCUCUUCUUUAACUUUGGACGGAGAUGAAAGUUAUAUAUCUAGUAGUGGAGGAGGUGGAGGUACCAGUGGUGGUAGUGGGAGUUCAGGCAAUAAUCAUGCAAAUGGCUCAGCUCAAUUGUUGAAUUUGAGUAAUAAUCUUUAUGACUUACUACCACUUAUCUCUAAUAGCAGAAAUGGAGGAAUAACCACAAUUAGGUUUAAUGUCAAUUCUUCUGGAAAUAGCCUAGGUAUUCGAAGUCUACUUUCAGCAGCAUCAGCUUUAUCGGAUUCUAGAAGAGGAGCUAAUACAACAUCCAGUGGUAACAGUAGUACUAACCAAAGUGGAGAUCAUGAUAUGAUUGCUACUGAAGAUAAUGGAACAAAUACUUUGGUUUCCAGAAUUGGGCAGACUUCUGGCGGACUAAAUAAUACAGGUGGAGGAUCUAACAAUAAUACCAUUAACCUCUCCACCGCUUCUGGUAUUACUUCUGGAGGUGCUGUAAAUGGUAACAACAAUAAUAGAAGAGGAGCUUACCAGAUACGUUCAAUCAUUGGUAACCAGAAUGGUAAUAUUAACUUUGAUGGAGGGCUAAAUAUAAGUGCUUCAAUUCCAUUAAUCUCAUCUUUAGGGGGUAAUAUUGGGUCUAGAUCUUCUGGAGGAACUGGAAAUAUAGGAGGUGCUGGAAGUUCAUAUGAUAUCUUGUAUGAGCUCUUGAACGAAAUUUCCCAAACUUCUACUCCAACCUCUAACUGGAACAUAACGAAUGAAGCUGAUGGUCCUGCAUUAGAAAACUCUAUGUACCCUUUAAUGAAUUUGACAUCCACAUCCUCAUCAAGUUCUGCUUUUAACAGAAGACACAAUAACCAGAUGUCCUUGGUGCAGCAGCUUCAAGGAAAUAGUGCUUCUGGUUCAGCAGGAAGAUCUUCAUCUUCUUCAUUAUCAAUCCAAAACAUUCUACCAAUCUUAAGGAGUGAAUAUAAUCAGAUAGUGAAUACUGGAGGUGGUAACGCAUCAUCUUCUGGGCUCCAUAAUAUCUCGUCUAUAAUUACUUUUGGGACAGGAUCAAGUUCUAAUGCACUAAAUAAUCUGUCAGCUUCAUCCUCUAAUAUUAAUAUAAGCUCAUCCUCCAAUUCUACAAGAAACUCAGCUUACAAUAACUCUAAUUAUGUGAGAAUAUUCCCAAUUUUAAGUAACAGAAAUAUUAAUUCUAUUACUGCGAGAUCAUCAGUUAACACGAUUAGUACGGGGCAUACAAGAGGAAGAUCUGCAUCUACCAGAAGAACUGGGAAUAUUACAGGAAGUAUUUUCAAUGUUACCAGAAGAAGAAGGGGAGAUGGAGGAAAUGACGACGGAGGAAGUGGAGAUGAUGAUAGGUUUAUUGAUAGUAAUUCUGGUUCUGGAAACAACAAUCAUCAAAGAGAAGAGCAAACUCAGGAUUUCUCAUCAUCUGCAGAUACCGGGAAUAACAAUAACCAAAUUUUAGAAGAAAAUUUAAGUAACAUGAUUUCAUUUAGUGAUCCAUUUUACGGAUUCCCAGAUAAGCAAUUCAUAUUUCUAUACCUACAAGAAGUUUUGACUAAUAUUAAGAAUAACAAUAUAAUGGACCAAAAUUUACUCCAGUUGAGUAUUAUUCCAGAAAUACUUUGCUCCAGUACAUUUACAAGACAAAAUAUCUCUAAGCCUCUAUUAUAUUCUUAUAUAUUUAAUAUGUUAGGAUCUUUUGGCCCAAAUCAGUGGAUGGCCUUAGAUACCUUAUUUGCAAUCAUUUCUAUUGGAGGUACACAUUUAGAGGUUACUCCUAUGAGAUUACUAACUAGGUAUCUUGGAAAUAAUAAUAAUGGAUCCAAUGCAACAAAUCAUCAGAUUCAGCAGUUUAAAUCUGGCAAUAACUACUUGGUAACUUAUAAAGAUUCAAGUAUUAGUGGUCAUUUUUCUAAUUUAGUACCUUAUGAAUUAUUAUUCACAUCUUUAAUAACUCAUUGUGAUAUUAACCCAAUUAACAUGAUGUACUAUUCAUUGUUACAAAUAUUAGAGAUUCUUGGAGAUUUUAUUACUCAUCUUCCAGUUAUUGUCAUGUAUCUAUUGGAUGAAUGGGAUCCAAUUCUGAAACUUAAUAAGUUUAUUAAGAAGAAUAAUCUUAGUAUUACUGGUACCGAUUAUGGUAGUCAAAGAAGAUCUAUUUCUUCUGCAAUUAUGGAGAAUGGAGUCUUUAUGGAUAUUAAGGAUGAGGAGAUUCAGAUAACUGGAAUUAAAAAAGAAGAUAAUACAAAUGAGAAUUUCGUAUUAGAGGAUAAUAAGAUUAAAUUUAAAAGUAUAUCUUCUAUUUCGUCUCCUCCUCAGUCAAAUAAAAGUAAAUUUGAAGAGAGAAGAAGAGUUGGAUCUUCCAUCCCUUUGAGCUCAAGUGUGGAGCUUAGUAGAAAAAGAAAGAGAAGAUUUACUAAAGAAGGUUUUGAUCUCAAUGGUAAUGGUAAUAUAAACAAUAAUAAUAAUAGUAAUAAUAAUAAUAAUAAUAAUAAUGAUAAUAAUAACAAUAGCAGUAUAAAUGAUGGAGGAAUACAAUCUGUUGAUAUUUCAACACCAAACUGUGUUAUUAGGGCUCAAGAUAAUAUGGAACUAACUCCUUAUAAUCCAAGGUCAAGUAUUAUGUCAAAUGGUUUUCCAGAUAAUGAUGAUUCUGCAUUUGAAGAAAACUUGGUUUUAGAUGCAAAUGAGAAUUUGAGUGAGGAAGAUGAGAAUAUGGCAAUGCUUUAUGGUAGCUCUUCAAAUUGUAUCCUAUACAGCUGUAACGAAAUUAUUCCUGGUAGAAAUAAUUCAAAUGGUUCUCUUGAAGGAGCAGAAGGAGUUUCCAUUAAUGAAGACUUUAAUCAGAUCCAGAGCCAAAAUCAAAACCAAACUCAUACUUUAUCUCAGUCUAAAAUGCUUGAUCAGAACUUAAGCCACCAAAUUAAUCAUAAAAAUCAUUAUCAAAAUCAAAGCCAUAGUAAAUAUCAAUCUAAUGGAAACCAUUCUUUGAAUGGAACAUUAGUGAGUAGAAUUGGAAACAAACAAAGAAGUAUGAUGAUACAAUUUAAUAGACUAAAGAGAAAACUAUCUAACACAAAGUUCCCAACUGAGUUACUUGGUCACUCAAAAUUCACUCCAUUGUUAUUGUUAUUUGAGAUGUUAAACAGCCCAAUUAUUCAAAACUCUCCACAACAUACACAAAAGCUUUUAAUUAUUCUGAAGAAAAUACUUAAUCUCAAAUUUGAUGAGAUACCUAAAGUUCAGUUAGAGUUAUUUGCUAUUUCAAAUGAUCUAAUUGACUCGAAAUCAGAAUCAACAUAUCCUGAGGAAAGGAAUAAUCAAGAUAAAGAAGAAAAUGAAAAAUUAGAGAUAGAAAUGUAUAAUGACAAUAAAGAUAAAAAACAAGAAAAUGAUGAUUCCAAAAUGAUAAUAGAUAAUUUGGAUGAUAAAAAAGGAGCAGCUGAUGAAAUCAUUGAGUCUCUAAAGAAACUUACAUGUGAGAAAAUUUGGAAGAUUAUAACUCCAAAAUAUAUUGGAGAGAUAUUAAAACCUUUAUUUAAUCCAAUUUCUUUCAUUUAUAAUUGUAAUUCUGUCACAUUGGCUCAAAAAGAAAAUAACUCUAAUUCUUCAAACAGUAACAACAACUCAAAUACAGUUUCAAAACAAUCAACUAAACAAUAUAUUGAGAUAUUAAAUAGUAUAUAUUCCAAUUCUCAAUGCAGAUUAGAAUUCCAUCAUCAGCUCAGAUACAAUACUAAACUUAUAAUAGAGUCCUUAGUCAAAAAUUUGAGACUUUUGCAAUCAACAAUUCAAAAGUUUAUGACAAUUCAACAAGAAUCUUUGUCUAAAAUGAUCUUAGAUGAUGGAAUCUCAGAAAUUACACCAUAUGUUACUUCUCAAACAAGUUGGAAGAAUACUAUUAAGUUCUUUAAUAACAUGAAAAGUAAUCAAUAUGGUACUGAAGAAAAGCUAUCUGGAGUUGAUGAUGCAAUAUUAUUGUUAAGAAUAGUAAAUCAGUAUUUGGAUAUUUUGGGUGAUUCUGUUAAUAAUGAUAAUAAAUAUGAAUGGUUUAAGAUAUAUCCAAGACUAUCAUCUUUAGAUUUAGAUUCUGGAAAAUUAAACUUUGGUUCAUUAAAAUAUCAUAUUUAUUCAGAAUUCUUUAAAGAUUGUGGAUUUGAACAAUUAUGGACAGCUUUAGAUCAAACACUAAGUGAAUGGAAUUUACUUGAACAGUAUUUAAAUGGGAAUUCAAAUGUGAAUGACAGUAAAUUGGAGGUAAAUCAAAGCAUAUUAACAAGUACUUCAACUACUGAUAUCACAAUAUUACUUUUAAUUCCAGUUUUAGAGUCAUGUUUUACAAUCCAACAGAUUAAUAUAAUUUCACUAUUAGGACUUUCUUCAAUAUCAUCAUUUGAUUCAGAUUCCACAACAAAAUUAUUAAAUGAGUCAGCAAACUUAUUGGAGCUGAAAACAAUGGAUGAAGAUCUAAAAUCCACAACUCCUUCUUUAAUAAGAACUUUAUCUAAAAACUUAAAUAAUCAGCUUUUAGGUAGAAAUGGUUCAGAUAUUUCAGUUGGAUCAAAUAAUAAUUGCAAUGAAGGAUCAAACAUAUCUCAUAGUUCAAGCUUAAAUUUGAAGAACUUAUCUCAAGAAUGCAUAGAAAAACAUCAUGAGAUAAUUAAAUUCAGUUACAGACAUAAAAAAUCCUUAAAUAUUUUAUUACAAUCUUUUCCUCAAUUAAUUUUACCACCAAAUGGCAGUUUAGUACCUUUAUUACGUUUAGCUCCAAUGGUAGUAAAUUUUGAGAAUAAAAGAUGUUAUUUUAGGUAUCGUCUUAAACAAUUAAGAAAAGAAAGUGGAAGUUAUAGAAGUGGAGAUAAUCAUCAAUUAAGGUUAGUAGUUAGAAGAAAUCGAGUAUUUAUGGACAGUUUUCAACAAAUAAGUACAAAAAGUCCUGAUCAACUAAAGCAAAAGUUACAUAUAACUUUCCAUAAUGAGGAAGGACUAGAUGCUGGGGGCGUUACUAGAGAGUGGUAUAAUAUUUUAGCUAGAGAAAUGUUCAACCCUGAUUAUGCUUUGUUUAGAAGAGAAGGGUCAAAAAGUGAAUUUAAUCAUCCAAAUCCAUUGAGUUAUAUUAAUGCUGACCAUCUUCACUUCUUUAAAUUUAUUGGACGUAUUAUAGGAAAAUGUAUUUAUGAUGGACAACAUUUAGAUGCUUGGUUUACACGUUCUUUCUAUAAGAAUAUGUUAGGACAACCAAUAACACCGUCAGAUGCAGAAUCAAUAGAUCCUGAGCUUUACAAGAACUUGAAUGUAAUGUUAGAACAUCCAAUAGAAGAUUUGGGGCUAGAAUUAAACUUUACAACAACUAUUGAUGAAUUUGGUAGAAGUAAACUAGUGGAACUAAAACCAAAUGGUGCAAAUAUUCCAGUAAAUGAUGAGAAUAAGUAUGAAUAUGUAUGCUUACUGUGUGAAUACAAGACAGUGAAACUGAUUGAGAAACAGCUCAGUUUCUUUUUAUCAGGAUUCCAUGAGCUGAUUCCUGCUCGUUUAAUAGCAAUUUUUGAUGAUAAAGAGUUAGAGCUUUUGAUUUCAGGAUCUCCUACAAUUGAUUUGGAAGAUUUAAUGGAGAAUACUGAAUAUCAUAAUUAUGAUAGAAAAUCCCAACAAAUUAUUUGGUUCUGGGAAUGUUUAAAAGAAUUUGAUCAAAACAGGCUCGCAACAUUUGUUCAAUUUGUUACUGGUACUUCUAGGGUACCAAUAGGUGGAUUUAAGAAUUUAAUGGGUAUGAGAGGCCCACAAAAAUUUAGUAUUCAUAAAUCUUUUGGUGAGAAUCGAUUGCCAUCUGCUCAUACAUGUUUUAAUCAGCUAGAUCUUCCAGACUAUUCAAGCAAGGAGCAGUUAAAGGCUAAGUUAUUACAAGCUAUUACAGAGGUGGAGAUUUCAUUGUUACAGGCAAAUACAAGAGGAGGGAAUAGAGAAAGUAAUUUAAGGUAUGUUUAUGACCGCUUGGGAUCCGCUGGGCCACCAACCCAUCCAUAUGAAAAUAGAUUAAUGUUGUUUGAGCAUGAGUAUCACCCAACUUUAGUAGUUGCUUUAUCACAAAAAUACAACGAUGUAUUUUUAAAAACUUUAUCAAAAAAUAGUCUGGAAAAAGCUUUAGAUUUUUUGAUGAAAUUUAUUCGGCAUAAUUUUCAUCAAUGUGAAUAUUUAAGGAAUAAACUUAAGAAUGAGUUGUCAGUAUUUUUAGUUGAUAUGGAUAAGUAUCAAGAAAGAAUUCAAAUUUUAACAGAAAAAUAUGAAAAUUUAAUUAAGUUAGAAAUGAAUGAUAUACGCAAAUAUUCAGGAACUUUGAAGAGAAUAUUGGUUGUUUUAUUAAAUAGAAUGCUUGCUCAUCAUAGAGAAGUUUCAAGAACUGAAUACCAAUUAAAAGGAGAUAAAAUUAAAGCAAUUCAGAGAGGUCUAUUAUUUUAUCAGAGUUUAAUUUCAUAUUUAACUAAUAUUUACCGUUUAAUAUUUUGUGAGAAAAGUGAAAUGAGUGUAACUUCUUCAUGUGUUUUUAUUGUAAAAUCAAUUACCGAAUAUAAAAGUAGAUGUUUCAGUUUGAGUGAGUCUUUGCCAGGGACUCGAGAGUAUGAAAUGUAUGUGGAUAUUGAUACUGAAAGUUCCGUAGAUACUAAUAAGAAAAAAAGUAAAAGCAAAAGCAAAAGCAAAAGAAAGGGAAAAAGCACAAAAAAGACAACUAGUAAAAAGAAAACUCCAAAAAGUAAAAAAAUAAUAAUAAAAAGAAAUAAGACAAUUGUUAAAAAAUCUGGAAAAAAAUUAACAAUCAAUGAAAAGCGAAUUAACAAGAAUUUUAAUUCCCUCUUUGUAAAGAGACUGUAUGAAGAAUGA